UCCGUUCCAAAAAACAUAGUGUUAACCAAAAGCCUAUCAAAAGUCCCCAUCUCUUCUUACGUCUCUCUCUCUCUCUCUCUCUCGACUGUGAGCAACGGCGGACGACGAUGAGCAUCGAAUCAACGGCGUUGAGCGAUGGCAGCGAGCAGCGUGAGACGACAUCGAGCAGCAUGCGACGGCGGAAAGCGAGCGACGGCGGCAAGGCAUGUCUCUCUUCAACUCUCUCAUCUUCUCAAUCUUCUAAGACCUCACGCACACAGAUUCACAAAACAAAAGGCGAAAACAAACUCUCAUCGUCUUUGCGUUCGUCAAUCUUCAGAUAAGCUUCAUAGGAGGGAUCAUCAUCCAAUUGGGAUUUUGAAGAAUGCAAUAUACAACUACUUUGACAUCACUUACUCGGGAAAGUUUGACAAGUUUGAUAAUCUCUUCCCAUUUGUUUCUGUUAAAAUGAACUUUGAUGAUGUCUUGGUGCCUGAAGAUCAUGUGAGUAGGAGUUACAAUGAUACAUAUUAUGUGGACUCUCAAACUGUCUUAAGGUGCCACAUUUGUGCACAUCAAGCUGAGCUUUUGAGGAAGGGACACACCCAUUUCCUUGUCACUGGAGAUGUUUAUCGUAGAGAUUCUAUUGAUUCAACUCAUCGCCCCGUAUUCCAUCAGAUGGAAGGGUUUCGGGUUUUUACUCCAGAUGAUUGGGAGCCAUCAGGCAUGGAUGGAACAUCUUAUGUAGCUGAGGAUUUAAAGAAAUGCCUUGAGGGUUUGGCACGCCACUUAUUUGGUUCUGUGGAAAUGCACUAGAUUGACACUUAUUUUCCAUUUACCGGUCCAUCAUUUGAACUCAAGAUAUAUUUUCAGGUAUGAAUUUUCUUUUCUUUUUACUUGGUGGGGCUUGAUUGCACAUGCUUUGCUUUUUAAUUUUUUUUUCUUUGAUUGCGUUAACCAUAACUUUUUGGAGAAGCUUGAGUUUGAACUAUUUUCUAGAAGAAUUUUUCUUCAUUAAAAUCCAUGGAUUCUGUCUUGGUUCAUUUCAUACAUUUUUGAACUGUUAUCAUGCAAAUGGAGUAGUAACAGAAAAACAUCAAAAAAAAUUUGUGAGAGGUAGAGGGUUGAGUACUAUUUCUUUGGCAUGAUAUUCUACAUUUCUUGAACGUAAAAGAAAGCUUUACUCAUGCUGUUAGAAUGUAUAGUGUAUACUUUCGUCACUUGGUUCCAUAGUGCAUAUAUGUCUCCAAAUCAAUAGAACUAUAAAGUAUUUCCAAGUCUGGUUGUGGUUUUCAAAAUGAUGUAUGUGUAUACAUGUGGAGACUAUAAAGCUUUACUCAUGUUGUUUAUGUUGUUUCAUAUUUUCUACUCUAUUACCAAGUACCUUCGCGGUGUCUCUCAUCUUUAGAGGCGCCGAUGCUUUAUAGUAUGACCUUUGAAAAAUCUUUUAAAUAAAUUUGAAUUCGAGGUGUUGACGUCCCAAAAUCACCAAACAGUGUCGGUUUAGCACGAAACUUGGCACACAUGACCAUCUAAGCACGAGAGACUUGUGGAAGAAGACGGGAUUCCAAUCGGGUUUCCGAUUUGGGAGUUAGAGCCGGAUUUCUGUCUAGCUAAAAUUGUUUACUUAAUUUUCUUAUUAAUUAUGUAGUAGUUAAUUUUUUAUGUUUUUUUGUAAUUAAAAUAUUAAUACAUAAUUAUAUUGUCAUUAAUUAUUUUUAUUUUUUAU